AUGUCCUACUUCCGCACAUGUUUUGCUCAUAUUCAUACAGGAACGGCAUGGUCUCCCAGCAACAUACCCAGUAUUCCCUAUCAGUCACACAAGAUGGAGGCAAAUACUGGUAAAAAGGGUAGGCAAGCUAACAUGUCCUUGAAUCCAAAUUCGAGCGAGAAGAGGCUGACCAGUCCAGAAGCCGUGUUCUCCGGAUCCUAG